AUGGAUCGCCCCGAGCCAGGGCUGGUCAAGUGGUCCGCCAACGCCGACGUCGACAGCUUCGUCCACGUCAACCUGCAGCACCGCGUCGUGCAGCUCUACGAACCGACCGGCCACGCUCACAGGCGUCGCUUCGACUAUGCAAAGCUCAGCCGGCACGAAGACUUCCCUCCCCUCACCACCUACGACUGGUCCCCCGCGAACCCCGAGCUUCUGGCCGUCGGCACGAGCGCCGGCAUCGUCAACCUCCUCCGCAUCGACGACAGCUCCAAUGGAUAUGUCGAGAUCGGCCUCAAGAUGGCUAGAACCUGUCAGGCCGUCGCCUUCAACACCACGGGGCUCCUGGCCGUCGGUCUCGAUCGCGUGCGCAUGGACCAGAGUCUCCAGGUCUGGGACGUGAACCGCCUCACGGCGUCGGAGAACCAAGCCAAGGGCUUCCCUCCCGGCGCCGUCAGCCUCGUCGAGCCCAGGACGCGUCUCGAGCCGAGCGUGUCCGUCUCGAGCCUCAAGUUCUUCGAGGACAACCCGCAGACGCUGGUGGCGGGCAUCAAGGGCCAGGGCGUGAGGAUUCACGACCUUCGAGGCGAGCAACCCCCCGUCCACUUCCUCAUCUUCUUCCUCUUCUUCUUCCUCUCGCUCGUAUCCUUCAUCGACGCCGCCCCCGAUCCCGCUGACCACUACGCCGACCAAAACUUCUUCGCUUCGUCCGCCCUUGAUCACCCAGGCGUCAUGAUCUGGGACCGAAGAGCUCUGUCCCGCCCGCUGGCCUCGCACACCUACCUCCACGCCGUUGAGCAAGACGACUUGCCGUGGGGUGGUGCCCUGCGCCUCGAUCAGGUGAUCGAGACCGACUCCGACCCCACGCUCGCCGAGGGAAAGCAUUCCCUUAUUCGCUCGCUGCGGUACUGCCGCGACCGCCGCGGUCUUCUGGCUGCGCUGUCGCCCACCGGACAGCUCAAGGUCCUGCAAACGAACCGGGAGACUCGCUCAUCCGACUCUGCCCCGCUUGCCGGGCCCGAACUGCUCCAUGUCCAACGAUCCCACGAGAUGGAUGUGUCGUAUCAAGACAGCUCCAGGAGAAACGAUCGAAUCGUAUCGUUUGACUGGGUCACUCUCAGGUCACCGGUCCUGAGCCCGAGACUGCUUGUCCUACGCGUCAACGGGAAAUUUGACGUGCUGGAGCAACCAUCACGCACGUCGGACCACGCGUUCAACUUUAUCCCCUGGCAAUCGCCGCAUCGAGGCCUCGAAGACAAUGCUUCGUACCAGGAAAUGAUGCAGUUCGAGCCCCCCCAGGCUGCAGAGCUUCUUGGGGCCUUUUUAGUUGAGCAAACCCAUUCGGAGGUGCCCAUCUUUGGUCCUGAGAGUGCGAGCGUGGAGGAGAGGCUGCUGAACGCCCUUCGAGACUCCUCAGCGACAUCAACCAUAGCCAAACCUCUUAACCAACUUGCCGCUCCCUUACCUGAGUCGUUUCACAACGCGACGUCGACAGCCCAAAAACUCCGUCUCUUGCGCGCGUACGUUCGUGACAAUACCGAGCCGUCACAAUCACAGCUCGAGGAAGAAGAAUUGCCUCGCAACGGCAAUGCACCCAUGGGCAAUGGGCCGGACGGAAUUUCGCUAGCCUCAAACAGCCUCGGCUCCUGUCGAGAUAUUCAUGAGGGGCUCUUGACAACCCUUCUGGCGGCAAAGGGUCUUCCGAGAGAAGCCCAGGCUGUGGUGGAUCACACCAUGCUUCUCCGCGCAAAGGACAAGUACCUUUUCGACGCCGCUUGGAACAGGAAUGUGGUUGCCGACGAUCCCUGGAAGAGGUUCGCCUGGGACUGGAUCGCAGAUGCCGAACAUGCGGCCGAUGAUGGGGGGAUGCUGCUGGGUAACAUGGACUUGAGCUUCCUCGGAGUGCAUGCCGUAUGGAACAACGACCUAGGCAGGAAUUUCAGCACUCGUCUUGCCCCCGGCACGGCCGUUCCUGACGCAUCGCAGUGGGAGCGAGCUCUGUGGCAGUACUGCAAAAAGCAUCGCUUGCCCAAGUUCGACGGGAUAUCAACAAAAAAGCCUCACCACCGGCAGUUCUGCCUCGAGAUCUGCGGCUGGGGCGACCCUCAGCGGCACGAUCCGAGCGGCGUCGACCGAGAGGUGGAUCCAGAGUAUCCCACCGCCAUCCACACCAUGGUCGCCUCUCGAGCGCUGUUCAAAGGCGACACGAAGCAAGCGGUUCAGAUCUUGAAAAAGGCGAGCUCGCGGCAUCCGGAGCUGCUGUUUGUGUCCCUGGCCCUCCAGCUCACGGGACGAGGCGGAAGGCAGACGAACAAGGAGAGACUGGAGAUUGACGAUGCGGUGGCGUCCAAGACUGACCCUUAUUUGCGGGCGAUAUCGUCUCUCAUCGCGACGGGAGACUGGGCAGCCAUCGCCAACCAGCGUUCGCUGCCCCUGGCAGACCGCGCCGUCGUGGCUGUCCGCAACUUUGACGAUGACCAGCUCACCAGGUGGCUCAACGAUCAGGUCUCCCUUGCCAUCGAGGGCGGCGACAUCGAGGCCAUCGCACUGACAGGCAUCAACGACAGUCUGGUCGAUAUCUUUGCCCGCUACGUCCAAAAGUUCCACGACGUGCAGACAGCUACGCUCGUCCUGUCCACGUGCUACCCGCGGUACAUUGACGACAUCCGCUGUCGCGCCUGGCGAGAUGCCUAUCGUACCCACCUCCAGCGCCAUCGGCUUUUCUUUCAACGCACAAAGUUCGAAGUCGAAUCCACCAAGCGGUCCAAACGCGACGGCAUGCCCACGCUCAAGCCGCCGUCGCGACAAAUUGCCCUACGCUGCGUGUUCUGCGAUGCGGACAACUCUCUCGCCAGCCAAGGCAGCGUCGCUCGCUCUUCUGGCACUGGUGCCCCGUCCGUCCUCGAGACGCGAAACCCACUCCUGGCGACGAGCAUCAACGCGGGCGUGAGCUGUCCCAACUGCGGCAGGCACUUGCCCCGCUGUGUAGUCUGCCUCGAGGUCGUGGGCGUGCCUCGCUCCGACAAGCCCGAGGAGAAAGAGGGGAGUCGCAUGGCGGGCAGAUUCCCGACUUUCUGUCUCCGGUGCGAGCACGUGCUGCAUCUGGACCAUGCGAGGCAGUGGUUUGCGAGACAUGUCGAGUGCCCCGUGCCUGAGUGCCGUUGUCAGUGCAAUUUCAAGGCAAACCCCGAUCUUGGGUAUCAGUGA